CCCCCCCCCCCUCCCCCCCUUCCCCUCAAACACACACUCUUUUCCCUUCUUUAUCCUUGUCUGAUGCCUGCUAUCCGUCUCUCACCCAUUCGCUGGUUUCUGUCUCAUGUCUUGCUGUCAUGAGCAAGGCAACAUGCAGAAGAAGGACUGCCUAUUGGAUAUGGGUAUCAGGGUGAACGCGUCAGAACACACAGAUCCAAGGGAGAAAUGAGACAAGUCAAGACUCUGUGUCUUUUUCUUUGUUUGGGUCUGAUGUGCAUUGUGAUUACAGAGGGAAUAGCUGCUACUGUUGGCUGUCAAGGUUUUAUUGAUGGCAAGAAGAAUGUCGUGCGCCAGAGCUCUUGCUUGACAUUACGAGGAGGAAGUGGUGCACCAUGGAACGUGAGCGAUGGUGGUUCCCCUGGGGCGAAAGAGCUCAGAGAGAAAAGUAUGGGGAAUGUGAAUGGAAUGCGCAUGGAGCUAACUGGCCAUGGUUCUCUCGAGGAACAAGACGAGAUGUAUGCAGACGAGCAGUUGGCUGUUUACAGCUCUCGUGACGCAAGAGACAAGACAGAGAGAUCGAAAAGACCACGAACUGCAGAAAGAGAGGGGCUAGCUAGAGGGCGAUUUAUCUUAUUACAUACAUCUUGUUGAUU